CUGUAACCACCGCAACACAAUUCCACGUGGCCUCCUAUAGCUCACAUAAACAUCUACUACCAUUUCCUCGUCUCAAUACCCACCACAAUCCACGAUUCUAGAUCUCCAACAUCCCAUAUAACCGCCGGCCAAUAUCGCCCUCCCUGUCUCCCUCGCGGCACUGCAGCAAGCCAUGGGCAUGAGCACCACCACUGACCUGUCCGCGCCACCCCACUCCGCCACCCUGCCCUGCCGCAUGGCCUCCUCCUCGUCAUCUUCCUCCGUCGCCCCGUGGCCGCGUCCAGACAAGCACCGCGGCGCGGGCGCCCUGGUCCGCCGCGCGCAGCUCGUCCUGUCGCGCGAGGUCGGGUGGUGCGGGCAGCGCGCGUGGCGGAAGCUGCUCAGGCGGCUGGCGCAGGAGACCAGGUGCGUGUGCAGCUCCCCGACGGCGGCGGCCACGGGUCGGCCCAUCACGUUCGGCUACGACGCCGCCAGCUACGCCAAGAACUUCGACGACGGGCGCAGCCCCGCGCCGCGCCGCGUCGUCGUCGGCGCCAAUGCGGGCGAUAAACCGAGCGGCAACAACUGACCACCCCAUCGACGUUCUUCUCUCUCUCCCUCGUCGAUCCCCCUCCUUCCGAUAUUUUUUUUGUUUGUUUCUUUUUAACUAUUUUUCCUCUAUGCAUGCUUUUAUUUCCUUCUCAUUCUAGCGCCUCCCCUGGUGAUGGUGAAUUGGUGAUAUUGGUGUUGCAAUUGCCUCAUCAAUAUCCCAUAUAAAUCUAGUAAUUUGUACA